AUGACGAAGGGCACGGGCAACACUUACAGUUCUUCAUGGUCCAAGUGUGCCGCAUGUGGCAAAUGCGUGGGCAACGCGACUCUGGAGUCCCGCGGCAGGAAGUGCUGCGGCUGCGGGCGCCACGUCAAGCUGUACCACCCCAAGCGCAAGAACAGCGACAACCAGCUGCAGAUCCCAGACUCCCAGAAAUCAAGGGGUCCGAAGCCUGGCGCAGGGAGCCCCAAUUCGGCGUCCAUGGACAUCAAGCUGCUGACGUCCACGCUUGCGGCUACCACGGGCCCCCUCCUCAGGCACGACCAAGCGGUGUCGGCAGUCCUCAAGGCCAGAGACAACCUUGAGCACGCCGAGGCCAGAGAUCGGGCCGCAGCGCUGGAGCUGGCCCAGGCGGACGAGGCCUGGAGCAAGGCAGCGCGCGUGCUAGCUCAGCAUAUGGGCGUGAUCGGCAGCGACCUGCAGACGGAGAAGAGUGAGCCCGCCACGCCCAACGACGACCUCUUCGCGCUCACGAUCGACGAGCAGUUCUUCGCGGACCUAGGCGAGCUGGAGUGCGACGAGAGCGAACGCACCACCAUGCGCGAGCGUGAGAACCAGUUGCGCUCCACGUAG